CCCUCCCCCGGGCCAAACGCUAGGCGGGAACCAACACGGUGAGGCGCGUAGCAGGCUCUGUGGCGCUUUUGGCCAGGUGCUUCCGGCUCCCACCGGACGGAGGCCCGCUCGGUCGUGGACUCGCUCUCCCACGGAAGUGUGCUUUAGCGCACCGGAAGCCACCUCAGGGGGCGAGCCAUGGCGGGUUUGCCUGUUAGAGACCCUGCGGUGGAUCGUUCUCUGCGUUCUGUAUUCGUGGGGAACAUUCCUUAUGAAGCUACUGAAGAACAACUGAAGGACAUCUUCUCUGAGGUUGGGCCUGUUGUUAGUUUCAGAUUGGUAUACGAUAGGGAGACAGGAAAACCAAAGGGUUAUGGCUUCUGCGAAUACCAAGACCAAGAGACAGCACUUAGUGCCAUGCGGAACUUGAAUGGGCGUGAAUUCAGUGGGAGAGCGCUUCGAGUGGACAAUGCUGCCAGUGAGAAGAACAAAGAGGAACUGAAGAGCCUUGGCACUGGUGCACCUGUCAUAGAGUCACCUUAUGGAGAAAGCAUCAACCCUGAGGAUGCCCCUGAAUCCAUUAGCAAAGCUGUUGCCAGUCUUCCGCCAGAACAGAUGUUUGAACUGAUGAAACAAAUGAAGCUCUGUGUCCAGAAUAGUCCCCAGGAAGCACGAAACAUGUUGCUUCAGAACCCACAGCUGGCUUAUGCUUUGCUGCAAGCACAGGUAGUGAUGAGAAUUGUGGAUCCUGAGAUUGCCCUGAAAAUUCUGCACCGCCAGACAAAUAUCCCAACGCUGAUUUCAGGCAACCCUCAGCCAGUCCAUGUUGCCGGACCUGGCUCAGGACCCAAUGUUUCAAUGAACCAGCAGAAUCCUCAGGCCCCUCAGGCUCAAUCUUUGGGUGGAAUGCAUGUCAAUGGCGCACCUUCUAUGAUGCAAGCUUCUAUGCCGGGUGGAGUUCCAGCACCAGUGCAGAUGGCAGCUGCUGUAGCAGGACCUGGCCCUGGUUCCUUAGCCCCUGCAGGAGUCAUGCAAGCCCAAGUUGGAAUGCAAGGAGCUGGACCAGUGCCCAUGGAACGAGGACAAGUGCCAAUGCAAGACCCCAGAGCAGCUAUGCAGCGGGGAGCCUUGCCUGCCAACGUCCCAACUCCUCGUGGUCUUUUAGGUGAUGCUCCCAAUGAUCCACGGGGAGGCACUUUAAUGACCGUAACUGGAGAAGUAGAACCUAGAGCUUACCUGGGACCGCCCCCACCACCUCAUCAGGGCCCACCGAUGCACCACGUUCCUGGCCAUGAAGGUCGUGGACCACCGCCGCAUGACAUGAGAGGAGGACCCUUAGCUGAGCCCAGACCGUUAAUGGCAGAGCCAAGAGGACCUAUGCUAGAUCAGAGGGGCCCACCGUUGGAUGCCAGAGGUGGAAGAGAUCCCCGAGGGAUGGAGGCCAGAGCCAUGGAAGCCAGAGGACUAGAAGCCCGUGCCAUGGAAGCCCGUGCCAUGGAAGCCCGUCGUGCCAUGGAGGCCCGGGAACCAUGGAGGCUCGAUGCCAUGGAGGCCAGAGGCAUGGAUACCAGAGGCCCAGUACCUGGACCUAGAGGACCUAUACCUAGUGGAAUCCAAGGCCCCAAUCCAAUGAACAUGGGGGCAGUUGUUCCCCAGGGAUCCAGACAGGUCCCAGUCAUGCAGGGAGCAGGCAUGCAAGGAGCAAGCAUGCAAGGUGGAAGCCAGCCUGGUGGCUUUAGUCCUGGACAGAGCCAAGUCACACCCCAGGAUCAUGAGAAGGCUGCUUUGAUUUAUGCAGUCCUUCCAACUCCUGCAGACCAGAUUGCCAUGCCUCCUGAGCAAAAGACAAACACAUCCCUAAUCUUAAAGGAACAGAUACAGAAAUCCACCGGGGCACCUUGAAAGGUUCUCAAAAAUACCUGGCAGCAAAUCUGGAAAUGUAAUUCCAUAACAUUGUUGAAAUGUUGAAAACAUAGUGACUUCUGCAUCUAACCCCCCUGGAUGACGCAGAUUGGUACCAGGUGGAGGACCUGCAUCACCAUUUCUCCAAAGGAAAACAGUUCAUUCUGAUGUCGUAGUUUGUAUAUUUUCUGUGAUGUUAAAUAGACAUUGAACAUAAGUUUAACAUAUUACAAAUUGAAAUACAUAAACCUUUUGCUGUUAAGAAGCUAACACCAAGGAUAAAAGCUUAGCUGUGAUUUCUGACCUUACUGCAGUGUCAUUCUUUAAUCUUACAUUGCCGUAGCUCUAUUCUUACUUUAGCAUAAACAUUUAUUCUUCUUAAUGAUACUUGAGAAUGUCUCAGAAACAAUGUUUUUAGGAACUUUGUUUUUUGUUGAAUUUGCUUUCAGCAAAGUAAUAAGACUUUGGCCCUUGAAAACUUUCCAGUCUUAGAGUUUUCUGGCAGAAAAAAAGCAUGUGGUUAGAACUACAAACAAUUAGAAGACCAACAAGCGAAGAGCAUACCACAGGGGUGUGUUUGGUUUAAGGAAUGCCAAUUCUCAAACUGUGGUUUUAGUCAGUUGCAGGUCUGGACAUACAUAAGACAAAGAUUGUUUUGGCACUGGUUUGAAUGUUAAUCAACAACCUAAGACUGUUGUAAAGCUCUUCUGUCUAUGUACCAACUUUACAAGGUUUUCAUGUUCCAAAUUUAAUAAAAGAAAACCAAGUGAACAAACUAUAUUUCAAUCUUUCAGAAAUUGCACCAAGCUUUCAGCCCCCUCAUCUUCUCUAAAUCCAUUCCAAAACUCCCAACAGAAAAUCCUAAAACUUUUACAUUUUCAAGUCUUUUAAGAGGACCAAGUACAGGAUGGCAAAUUGCCCAUUAUGGUUGCCUGCUACUUUCAAAGUACUACCUACUUGAAAGGUAAUUAGUGCCAUUAGCCUUGCUAACCUGCAGGUUGUCUUGCCUUUUGUUCUCCCGUAGUGGCAUUAAGGAGGAACAUGGUUUCUCUCUACCAGGUCCACCUCAAGACAUUUGAAGAGUUGCCGUAAUAAUUAGUGAAGCUCACUAGCACUAAUUGUGAGCUCGUUUGUAUUUCCAGAACCCUACUCUGCAUUAGGAUUAUGGGCACGUGAACUAAAAUCACUACUUACGGCAUAAAAAGCAUAAUCAUGCCAAGGAAAAGAAAGCAAAGCUAUUAAAAUAGAGGGAUUCUUCUCCAGACAUUGAUAAUGAAAAUUUGCUGGAUAUGUCAUACUAUAAGCUAUGAAGAAAAGUGCAGAACAACAAGCACUCCUACCUGUUCCACUCAUCCCCAGUUCAAUCGGGUGUUAAUUAUGCAUGCAGUUCAUUGUUUUCAUUACCUUCUGUGCCUCCUGCAUAAGCAGUCCUUGAUGUGUUGGUUUUGACAGCUGUUAGACUUAAAAGCACCAACGUAUUUAGAUGCAGAGACAAAGAGGAAAAUAUUUCUAGUUGGGAGCUUGGGUUUUACACAACCAAUUCCAAAUCAAGAUAAGUAAUGCUGAAGUUAUUUGGAAAACAGUUGUCUAACAGAAACCAUAUCCUGAGAAUCCAGCAGUUUCCCAAAGCCUUCUUAAACUUAAUUUGGUUAGUAGACCUCAGGUGAAUAAGUUGACAAGAGCGGUGGCAUCCCAGUUCAUCAUUAUGGAAACACUCAUCAGUGCUUUGUUUGUUUAUUUGUUUGCUGUUAUUUUUACUGUUGUAAUAAUUCAAUUACCUACUCCACAUUUAUGAUCUGCCUUUAUAUGUUCAGACUAAUGACUGACAAAUGAUCCCACUGCUCCUUCAAGCUAUAGGUUCUUAGAUAAAUUACGAAAACAGAAAGUUGUUCACUCUUGAUCUAUGGUACAAAUUAGAUGGUCCAGUGCUAUCUAUAGAUUCAUUCUGUUAAAUGUAUGAGGUCCAUUGCCUGAGUACAAUGAAGUGUGGGGGUUUUUUUUUCUUCCUCAAGGAGCCUGCACCUUUUCUUGAAAUCCAUCAUAACUAACAUCCCAGAGCCAGUGUGGUUAUUGUCCUGGUGGAUAGGAAAAAUGAACAUUUUUGUAGGAAAAAGAAUGACAUCUUAGUGGAUGAUUCCUCAUUGAGUAAGACCUGGAAAACAGUCAAAAUUAUAACUUUAUUUUCUUUUUAUAACACAUUCAUAAACAAACCUCUUUAACAAUAACAACAAAAAAUGAAAAGAGCUUCUGUUAAAUUACCCCACGAUGUAGGUCAGGCCUUUCCAGUUAUUUCAAACAAUACAAACUGGCAAGAUAGUUGGCUUCUAACUAUAAUACAAAUUUGAUUCCAGUUAAUAUACUUAAGAUAUUACUAGGGAAAGUCAGAAAAAUUGUUCAAUAAGCAAAAAUGAAGAUUAUUUUGGCACAGUAAAGUAUAAAUUGUUGGUCACACUGGAUGAUAAGCUCAUGUGUAACGAUGUACUUAGUGGGUAUGAUAUGGGAGUGGGAAUCUUGGUAAUUUUAUGUUUAUUAUUUAUGAUUAUUGUUUUGUCGUGGAUUCAAUAAAUAUUUAAAAAUCA